AGAUACUUGCACCCCAUUCCUCCUGACAUCGGCUAUGAGCUCUGAGGACCUACUCCCCUCUCUGGGACUAUUGGAGGGAGACACCAGGCACAGUGCUCCUGAGACACCUAUGCAAACGCAGGCCUGGAGAUUAUGCUAAUUCACCCCAGGUGCCAAGUUUCUUGUUGCCUGGUGACAAAGUUUCCCAGUGGAGGAGGAGGACCUGGACGGGUUCCAUGACUUUUUCCUCAAACUGGCCACCUUCCAAUUGGAAAGACAUUCUUGUGACAUCCUUCUCCUCCACUAAGACAGCAUGGCCAAGGGAGGGAAGGGCCCCAAGGGCAAGAAGAUCACCCUCAACAUGGCCAAGAAUUGCAUUAAAAUCACUUUUGAUGGGAAAAAGCGCCUGGACCUGAGCAAGAUGGGAAUCACCACCUUCCCUAAGUGUAUUCUGCGCCUGACUGAUGUGGACGAGCUGGACCUCAGCCGCAACAUGAUCAGGAAGCUCCCCGACUCCAUUGCCAAGUUCCAAAACCUGCGGUGGCUGGAUCUGCAUAGCAAUUACAUCGACCGGCUGCCCACGUCCCUCGGCCAGAUGACCACCCUGCUCUACCUCAACGUCAGCAACAACCGCCUGACCACCAACGGGCUGCCUGUGGAGCUGAACCAGCUCAAGAACAUCCGCACUGUGAACCUAGGCCUGAACCACCUGGACAGUGUACCCACCACACUGGGGGCCCUGAAGGAGCUGCAUGAGGUGGGGCUCCAUGACAACCUGCUCAUCUCCAUCCCCACGAGCAUUGUCCAGCUCCCGAAGCUAAAGAAGCUUAACACAAAGCGAAAUCCCUUUCCAAAGGCAGAGGAGGCAGACACCUUUGUGGACUCCAUCAAAAGGCUGGAGAACCUUCACCUGGUAGAUGAGAAGGACCUGUGUACAGCUUGCCUGAGAAAAUGUCAUCUGGCCCGGGAUAAGCUGAACCGAAUCAAGAGCACAGCCACAACAAUACCAAGAAAGGCCCUGUUUUCCACUUUGAUCUCCCCUAACUCCACGGCCAAGGAAUCUCAGGAAGACUGGAGGUUGCGCUCAACAUCCUCCUAGAGUAGCUUAUGGCAAAACAGGAAGACUACUCAGCUGACAGGAACACCCGGCUCUGAAGAGGAGAAGCGGGUUAGGAGAAGACAGAGCACAGGAAACACUCUGAAAGCCAGGCUGCCUGCGCUGCCUAUGCCCCUGGCUUAGCUCACAGCCUCACUUCAUCUGCUUUUUGUGGGUUUCCUGUGUGUGAAAACAAAUCUGGAAAACAUCUUGUGUGUUGCUUUAAGUGUAUACGGAGGAAACACUUAAGAAAAUUACAGACACACAUUAGCGACAAUGGCAAAUGCACACAGUCAGCUUCCAAGGCUCGGGGUCUCUAUUUCACUCACACUGGUCCAAUCUCAAUCUGACCGUAAGCUACACAUGUAUAACACAAAGCUACAAACAGCUAAAGUUUAUACAAAGCAUCUACACAGAGGAACUUACAAGCACACUACAGAUAAAUCAAAGUAGAAUCUUAAUGCCUCUUUCAGUUAUGCACAGGAAGGCAGAAAAAAGAAAACACAAAGACGAACAGGGAAAGAAAACAAUACAAAAACUAAAAUGGCAAACAUAGGUCCUGACAUUUCAGCAUUCAC